GUCCUCCAGGCCAGACGGAGUGAGCCGAGCGCCGUUGUGCCUCCAGGCGGUUGGUGACGUGGAUCUUUGGGCGGGAACAAGAUGAAGAUGAACCGGCGCUGAGACCCCGGACCCUGGAUUUAGGAGCCGUUGCUGUGGACAGAGAGACGGGGACAUGAGCAGCCAUUGAGGGCGGUCAAGGUGCCGGUGACCCCCCCCCCCCCAUCUGGUGGGGUUUAGGAGCCGUUGCUGUGGACGGAGAAACGGGGACGUGGCAGAGCCCAAGCCAGCUGGAGAUCCAUCGGCGGGUGCACACCGGUGAACGCCCCUUCGACUGCUCGGAGUGCGGCAAGAACUUCAUCAGCUAUAACAACCUGGUGCAGCACAACAGCGUGCACUCCAACGAGAGGCCCUUCACCUGCUCCGACUGCGGCAAGAGCUUCAGGACGGCGCAUGACCUGAAGAUGCUGCAGCAGGAGCACACGGGCGAGAAGUCCUAUCGCUGCUCCACCUGUGGCAUGAGCUUUGCCCGAUCAUCGGGGUUAUUGCGGCACUGGCGGGUGCACAGCGGUGAGCGGCCCUUCACCUGCUCCGACUGCGGCAAAGGUUUCAAGUCAUCGACGGACCUGAAGGUGCACAGACGCCUGCACACCGGGGAGCGCCCCUACACCUGCAGCGACUGCGGCAAGGGCUUCACCCAGUCCCACAGCCUGCUGGUUCACCGGCGCACCCACACCGGCCAGCGUCCCUUCACCUGCAGCGACUGCAGCAAAGGCUUCAAGUCAUCUAAUGAACUGAAGAUGCACAGGCUCGUGCAUACCGGGGAGCGGCCCUACACCUGCAGCGACUGCGGCAAACGCUUCAUCCGCACCAGCAACCUGCUGGUGCACCAACGCACCCACACCGGCGAGCGCCCCUACACCUGCGCCCAGUGCGGCAAGGGCUUCACACAGUCCAGUCAACUGCUGUCCCACCAGCGCACCCAUACUGGCGAGCGCCCCUACACCUGUGCCCUGUGCGGCAAAGGCUUCACCCAGUCCCGCAACCUGCUGAAGCACCAGCACAUCCACACCGGCGAGCGCCCCUACACCUGUGUCCAGUGCGGCAAAGGCUUCACUGAUUCCAGCCACCUGCUGGAGCACCAGCGCACACACACCAGCGACCGUCCUGUCCCCAGC